AUGUCCGACCACCUAGAUGAGCUCAUGCUCGCAUAUCUCGAUACAAUCGAUACAUACCAAUCGCAAUGCGCCACUAUAGCUUCCGCUUUCUCGAACGGCUUUAUGGCGCUUGCGCAGGCGAACUUCAAUACGCCGGGGCGACGCUUCGGCCAGGACUUCUACGACGAGAGGAUGGUUGCAAUGCGGGGUGUGGAGAUUAGAGAGGAAGAGGAGGGCGUUGUUUUCGAGGGAAAGAAAAUCCCGAUUGAGAUGACAGAGGACGAAAGUAGGAAAGAGGAGGCCGAGAAGAAAGAAGACGACCCAAGAGACCCUCUUCGGUGGUUUGGCAUUCUGGUACCACAGGCGCUCAGGACUACCCAGUCAGAAUUCACCACCUGCGUCGAGGUUAUUCCACAGCUCCUCACAACGCUCUCAAAGCUCUCGUCUCUGGAGUCCCGGGUUAUUAGAGCUAGGGCGAAGCAUCUGUAUAAGAUUCUCCCAGAGGCCCCACCCUCGCCUCUUCCCGAGGCUCUACCGCUCUCGCCCCUGGACGCGGGAGAUGGAUUUAUCCACAUGUGCACAUCUACGCAGGUCUCAGGUGUCGUAGGAAGGUUUAUGGGCGAUACAGAGAGUGUGUGGCUGCUGAAAAUUCCGAUCGAGAGGGUCGAGGAGGGUCUGAAGUGGGAAGGAUCAGUGGUAAAUGGUGGGAUUGGAGAAGAGUUUCCGCAUCUUUAUGGUGCAGGGAUCGGGGGGGCGGAAGUGCUGGACUUGAAGGAGUUCAAGAAGGGCGAGAAUGGAUGGGGUGGGGCUUUUGAAGCGGCAAAUGAGUGGAUAGAGUCCUGA